CGCCGCUCUUUCUCUUUUCUCUCUUUUUCUCUGUUCGUCUGUCUCUUGAUGCGGCCGCGCUAGGCCGAUGCGGGCGCCGCCAUGCCGCGCUGCCUCAUGGCCAAAAAGUGGAAGGCGGCCCCGGGUGCGGAGCUGGGAGACGAGUCGGACGAGGAGAUCGACGUGGUCGGCGAGGGGCGCGGCCGAAGCCCCGCGCCCGCCGCCACCGCGCCGGGGCCUUCGCCCCGCGAUCCCGAGCCCACGCUCCUCUACAACGGUUACACCGAGGAGCAGCCUUCCACGCAGUUCACGGCCCAGCUGCCGCGCGAGGUAAGCGCGGCGGCGGGCGCCGGCGCCGCCUCUCCGCCUCUCUCUUAUGCCCUUCUGCAACUAUCCUCCGACUCGCCCGAACAGCCCUUCCUGCAAGUGCAGCUCCAACCUUCUGUCUCCCCUCCCCCGCCACCGGCGAGCGGCAAGUCCAUCUCCAUGUGCUACACUAGUACCGGCGCUCUUCUCUCUCUUCCACCAAAGAAAAAGGACAUCUAUCGCCCAUACUGCCUCGGCGAGCGGGCAGCACACCUGGAGCGAGCCGAAGAGGACCUGAACGCGGCACACGCCAUCCUUGACCUGAGCCAGCAUGCGGUAUUCCUGUCACCGCCGCGCGCCGAGCCCGCGCCCGAGCCACCUCCGCCUCCGCCGCCGCCGCCGCCCCCCGCGCCGCCCUCCCCGGAACCCACUAGCCCGGAACGCCCCAAGGAAACCGUCGCUUACACGUACGACGCCUUCUUCGUAAGUGACGGCCGCUCCAAACGCCGCAACUAUGCCAACGCACCGGUCGAGAGUGCCCAACAACCAGAACCAAAAUCUAAGUACACUUGCAGUGAGUGCGGGAAGAGAUACGCCACUUCAUCGAACCUGUCAAGACACAAACAGACACACCGCAGCCUCGACUCACAAUCGGCCAAACGGUGCGGCGAAUGCGGCAAGGCAUAUGUUUCCAUGCCUGCGUUGGCGAUGCACGUAUUAACUCACCAGUUAUCACACGUGUGCGGCGUGUGUGGCAAAUUAUUCUCGCGGCCGUGGUUGCUGCAGGGGCACCUCCGUUCUCAUACCGGGGAAAAACCGUACGGGUGUGCUCACUGCGGGAAAGCAUUCGCGGAUCGUUCCAACUUGCGCGCGCAUAUGCAGACACAUUCCGCCGACAAGAAUUUCGAAUGUUCGCGCUGCCACAAGACAUUUGCGUUGAAGAGCUACCUCAACAAGCACCAAGAGUCGGCCUGCGUACGCGACGACGAGUCACCGGAAGUUGACUCUCCCGCGGCGGCACCUGCCUCCGCCUCGGGCUAG